AUGGGAGGUAAAGAGAGGAGGGAGGACAGAGAAGAGGCGGGGGUCCGCGAGGGUCCGCGUCCCAGCGGGACGACCGCCCGAGGCUCAGCCCGGCGCCUAGGGGGCCGGGGAGGGGGCGAGGGAGUAGGGGAUGACAGCUGGGCAGGCCGAGCAGGCACCUGGUCCGGGGCGAGGGCAGCACCCCGCGUCCUUCCUUACCGUGCUCGCGAGGUCGGCGCCCCGGGCGGGGAGACCCCGAAGGGCCGGGCGCGGGCGCAGGCCCGCGGAGAUCCGCUGUCAGCUUCCCCAGGCGGCAGCUCCAGGUACCGGAGGCGCUCGGAUCUCCAGGCUACCAGCCCCUGCGCGCGGCUCGAGGCCCCUCCCGCGGCCCUUGCCCUGAUGCUGCCUCCCCAACCCCUCCCGCCCGCCUCGGCGCGCUCCCCUUCUCCCCCUGCUGUUUAUUCCGGAGAGCUGGGGCCCCUCUCCCGAGCCUUGCCUCCCCCGCGCGUGCACGCACACACCUCCCCCAGAAACGAGCUCUCCUUAGGAAGCAGGCAGCGAACGCGAUCCUUGAAAUACUGGAGCUGGGCGAUUUCAGAAAAAAAAAACCCAAAAAACCCUUUUAUCUGA